AUGGGAAACACCACAUCUUGUGCUCCUACGAAUGCUUCUAAUGGAGCAGUGAAGGUUUUGUUCUGCGAUGGGAGAAUGGAAGUUUACACAAGGCCAAUUAAAGCAGCUGAGCUCAUGCUAGAGAAUCCUUGCCAAUUUGUCUGUGAAUCAAGCGAUCUCAAGGUGGGUCACCGAGUUCCUGGACUAGGGGCCGACGUAGAGCUCGAGCAGCGGCACCUCUAUUUUCUUCUUCCUAUCGAGAUGCUCUAUUCUGUGCUGACAGAUGAGGAGAUGGAUUCUCUUUCAUGCAGAGCUUCCAGAGCAACAAAACGUGGGUCUUCUAACAACAUCGGGAAGAUAUUCCCUGAUUUCUGCUUGUUCCCGUCAGAAUUCAAGACAAUGGACUCGCUAGACAGAAGUCCGGAGCCUAUCGAGAGAUACUCGACCCAGAGAUCGUGGAAGCCAUCAUUGGAUACCAUAGAUGAAACUCCGUGUACGCUGUGA